AUGAGGUUGUGGAAGGUUGGAAGGAGGAUAUCUCGAGCUGGCUUUACGUGCCUACCAUUUCUGACACGUCAUCGGCACUCUCGGUCCCGACUAUUACUCUUCGCUGUCCUGUCGUGGGCAACAUCACUUGCCGCUGACAAUUCGACCUGCUUCGCCAAUGCCAGGAGCCUUCAUCGAUCCGAUCCUCCGUACGAAAAUUACUUUUACUCCGAUUGCCACUUAAUCACCCAUGUUGUUGUCACCAGUCCCCUUCGUUCGAGCAACUUGAGUGCCAUCGGGCCCCGGCUGCUCAUUGCCUGGCCUGCCGGGAACAGCAGCAUCGUAUUCUUCUUUCAGCCCAAGAGUGGGGAAAACGGUGCCCUUGGAAUACAAUUAGAGAACUCAACCAUUACUGGGGAGAUGCUCGAUCCCAUAUACGAUUUGAGUGAAACGCCACCUGGAAAUCCCAAAGUCGGAGUAUUCGGCCUUAUCAGCUUCAACUCGUCCGCCAUCCUCACAAUCCCAUACUGGGGAGAAUUCGGACCAUUAGAGAAUUCACUGAAGGGCCAAGCAUCAUCUAUUCCUCUGACAUGGUUGGACAAUAUUACUACCACCUUCCUCAGUUUCUCCCCGAUCAAUGGAUCUGACUCUGUUACGAUCAGCCGAGGCGUAAACACUACUCUAUCCUUUGGCACUGAGUCAUGCCAAUUCAACGCAUCGUUCGAGUAUCCCAAACUGGAGCAGCUCAAUCCUCAGGAAGUGCUCAACAAUGUAUCCACGGAUCUAAUCGACGAAGGCGAAGACGGGGCUAUUGUGGCAGUAAUUGCUGCUGCACUAGAACUCAUUAACAAGAGCGACGGGAGCGUGUGUCAUGAAGAGAAUGUUGGAGAUUACGCUACGUUUCUGAAUCUCCAAAACAAUAUCACUUCGACGGCACCUCAGUGUGACUACAAAAUGGUGGAUACCCAUUACUUCCUUCCGAUUGUAAUGAAGAACUACUUUGUGGUUAUGGAAACCGGGCAGGAUCGAAGUUUGGCAUUCUUAAAGAAGACUGCGUCCUUCCUUACUAAUAGAAUCGGUCUCGCAUAUGCCGAGCUUACGCAAUUCACUGCCCAUAAAGUCAUGAACACGUCUGCGCCAUUUGCUUCUGAAGGAGACCAAAAAAAAGACAACCUAAUACAUCUCAAAGAAAGGCAAGUAGUUGGACAAUGGCGCGAUUUGGAAAUUGGUAUUGGUGGUGGGAGAAUUCUGUAUGACGUGAACACUGCACUAGUUCCUGCAGCACUUCGAUCAAUUGCGGUGCUCAGCCGCGCCGGCUUCUUCCCUAACCAUCCAGAGUGGAGCCAGAGUGCAGAUCGGUUUGCUGACGUUUGGGAAGACGAGACACUGAACUUUUUUGAAGUUUCUAUCCCACAAUCCACACCCGCAUCACUCGUGGAGCCGUAUUCCAAUGAGAUCUCCUCAUACUCGGGGCCCUCGCGCACGGAAGACAUCACUAGCGGUGUCAAAUUCUAUGGAUUGGCGCUAGAUGGGAACAAUAACCAGUCCAUCGUGCGCGUUCUAAAUACACACGCCUGCUUCCGGUACUUCCUUCUCAAUACCACGAACCAGACACAGCUAAGCUCCUUCCUCAAUCAAACUUCGGAGCAUAUUCUUCAACCGUUUGCAAUCGGUCUUUCUAGCUCAGUGGGGCUUUUUGUAGCAAAUCCAGCGUGCGGUGGUGGUCUAAUUUAUGCGAAGAACUUUACGAAUGCAAAUUAUCAUGGAACUAUACCACUAGGUACAUUUACUCCAACGGAAAGUGACAUUAGGCAGCUUUGGUGUUUGACAUUUCUCGCCUUGCAUCGUGAAAAUCCCAAGGUCUGA